GCCUGGCCGAGAACAGCGGCGGCGGUGCAGAGAUCAGGGCGGAUUCACAGAGUCUGGACAAAAAUGGACAGCCAGGGCAAAAAAGUGGUGGUCUGUGACAACGGGACAGGGUUCGUGAAGUGUGGAUAUGCUGGCUCUAAUUUCCCAGAGCACAUUUUUCCGGCUCUGGUCGGGAGGCCGAUCAUCCGCUCUACUGCCAAAGUGGGAAACAUUGAGAUCAAGGACCUGAUGGUGGGCGACGAGGCGAGUGAACUGCGCUCCAUGCUGGAGGUCAACUACCCCAUGGAGAACGGCAUCGUGAGGAACUGGGACGACAUGAAGCACCUGUGGGAUUACACCUUCGGCCCGGAGAAACUCAACAUCGACUCACGAAACUGCAAGAUCUUGCUGACCGAGCCACCUAUGAACCCCACCAAAAACAGAGAGAAGAUCAUUGAGGUGAUGUUUGAGACCUAUCAGUUCUCUGGAGUUUAUAUCGCCAUCCAGGCCGUCCUUACACUCUACGCUCAAGGUCUGCUGACGGGUGUAGUUGUAGACUCUGGCGAUGGCGUCACUCAUAUUUGUCCCGUGUACGAAGGCUUUUCUCUUCCCCAUCUCACUCGCCGUCUGGACAUCGCCGGAAGAGAUAUCACACGCUACCUCAUCAAGCUGCUGUUGUUGAGAGGUUACGCCUUCAACCACUCGGCAGACUUCGAGACGGUGAGGAUGAUGAAGGAGAAACUGUGUUACGUGGGUUAUAACAUCGAGCAGGAGCAGAAGCUUGCGCUGGAGACCACUGUUCUGGUGGAGUCUUACACGCUGCCAGACGGGAGGGUGAUUAAAGUUGGCGGCGAGCGGUUCGAGGCUCCUGAAGCUCUGUUUCAGCCUCACCUCAUUAAUGUGGAGGGUGUGGGGGUCGCUGAACUGCUCUUCAACACCAUCCAGGCCGCAGACAUCGACACCAGGGCUGAGUUUUACAAGCACAUUGUUUUGUCGGGUGGCUCUACCAUGUAUCCCGGUCUGCCGUCUCGUCUGGAGCGAGAGCUAAAACAGCUUUACCUGGAGAGAGUGCUGAAGGGAGACGUCGACAAGCUCUCGAAGUUUAAGAUCCGCAUCGAGGAUCCUCCACGUCGUAAACACAUGGUGUUUUUGGGCGGCGCAGUGCUAGCCGACAUCAUGAAGGACAAAGACAACUUCUGGAUGACCAGAGAGGAGUAUCAAGAGAAGGGCACACGUGUGCUGGAGAAACUGGGUGUCACUGUUAGAUAAAUCAUACACAUAAACACACACACACACACACACACUCACGCACUCACACUCCCAGUCGUUGGGUGGCAUUUUGGCAGCGUAAAUUCACUGAUGUUUUUUCAAAAGACGAUGAGGAAAUACUUGAGAACGACAAACAAAUACUUGAACCUCCUUUUGCGAUCCAAAAAUAAAAAGUGCUCAAAGUUUGUAUGACAUUCCAAAUGUAAAGGCUCAUAUCAGUGAUAUUGAGUGAACCGUUCGCAAAACAAAGCCGUUUAUGCUGCCAAAAUGAAUCCACAAAAGCACCACCAUAUCAUGACCUGUUUGUUUCGAGUCCUGUCCGCUUCAUGAAUUCACAUUGACUCUAACAAAGUCAGAUAUCACUCAAAAGAGAGUAAAAAAAUCAAAUAAACGUGAGGAUGUUGUGUAAGUACAGGGACAAAACAAUAAAAAGAUGUAUUUUUAAGAGAGGUUUCUUUGGUAAGACGUUGUUUUUGUAAUAAUAAAGAAGUCGCUGCAGCCAAUUAGCUAAUAAAAAUGAAGACUAUAAGAAUGGAGGCUGAUGGUAUCAAACAUACAGACGUUCUUCUGAAAGCGUCUCCUUUUUUCAUUUCCUUUAACUUUCUGCAAUGGCUUUCUCUCAGUGUUAUUAGAUGUGUGCUUCACCUGAUUUCCUGAAAGUAGAGAGAGAGGAAUGCGGUUAUGACCUGGACCAACUUCCCUAAAUAUCACUUAACAAUAUUUAACGAGUGCUCUUUGCUCAAAUAAUGUCAAUGAGGAUGCUUUGAAUGAACUCACGAUGAGCAUCGCUAAUCUGCUUCGCUGUUAGGAUUUGAAAGUCAUAUAGACAGGUCAUUCCUGAUUCUGAUUAGAUCUUUGUUUCAGUCUAAAGGACGUUCAUAAAUGGUAGUAUCAGUUUCAGACUGUGUUUGAAAGGGAAGUGAUAAUGUUCUGCCGCAUGUUAAGCGUACAGUUAUAGCUGAAACUAGAAGCUCAUUUCCGCAUCUGACUCUGUGAAUCUCAUCAAACGUGGGUCACAUUUCAUUUCAGGAUCAAAAUGGACUUUUCUUUUGCAUUGACAUUAUUUUUAUGACAGUUAAGCACUUUUUUUGUCUGUAUUGUCAUUACCAUAUUGCUAAUAUAAUAGAAUUCUCAUUCACAUAAUGCAUUAUUAUAAUAAAAAUGAUAGAUUUAUUGACAUGAUGACGUUAUUUUCAUGAAAAUUAAGCACCUUUAUUGUCUGUAUUGUCAUUACCGAAAUGCUUGCUAAUAUAAUGGAAUUCUCAUGGACAUCAUGCCAAUGCAUCUAGAAUUCUUCUUAAAAUAAUGCAUUUUGACAUUAUUUUCAUGACAAUUAAGCGCUUUUUUUUUGUCUGAAUUGUCAUUACCGUAAUAAAAAUUUUAUUAACAUAAGUUUUAUAAAAAAUACUGCAUUUUGACAUUAUUUUCAUGACAGUUAAGCACUUUUUUGUCUGUAUUGUCAUUAUUUUAUUGCUAAUAUAAUGGAAUUCUCAUUUACAUAAUGAAUUAUUUUAAUAAAAAAGAUAGUUGUAUUAGCAUGGACAUGAUUUUUCAUGACAAUUAAGCACUUUUUUGUCUGUAUUGUCAUUACCGUAAUGCUUAUAUAAUGGAAUCCUCCCUAACAUCUUGCCUAUACACCUAACAUUUUUAUUAAAAUAAUGCAUUUUGACAUAUUCAUGACAAUUAAGAACUUUUUUUUGUCUGUAUUGUCAUAACAAUAAUGAUAAUAAUAUGUGAUUCUCAUUAUCAUCAUGCCAAUACAGCUAUCAUUUUUAUUAAAAUAAUGCAUUUUGACAUUAUUUUCAUGACAAUUAAGCGCUUUUUUUUUGUCUGAAUUGUCAUUACCGUAAUAAAAUUUUUAUUAACAUAAGUUUUAUAAAAAAUACUGCAUUUUGAAAUUUUUUCAUGGCAGUUAAGCACUUUUUUUGUCUGUAUUGUCAUUAUUGUAUUGCUAAUAUAAUGGAAUUCUUAUUUACAUAAUUAUUUUAAUAAAAAAUGGCAGAUGUAUUGGCAUGGACAUGAUUUUUCAUGACAAUUAAGCACAUUUUUUGUCUGUAUUGUCAUUACCGUAAUGCUUAUAUAAUGGAAUCCUCCUUAACAUCUUGCCUAUACACCUAACAUUUUUAUUAAAAUAAUGCAUUUUGACAUUCAUGACAAUAAGAAACUUUUUUUGUCUGUAUUGUCAUUACCAUAAUGAUAAUAUGAUGUUAUUCUCAUUAUCGUCAAGCCAAUACAGCUAUCUUUUUUAUUAAAAUAAUGCAUUUUGACAUUAUUUUCAUGAAAAUUAAGCACUCUUUGUCUUAAUUGUCAUUACCAUAAUGCUACUAAAAAGUAAUUAUUAUUACCAUCAUGACAAUACAGCUUUCAUUUUUAUUAAAAUAAUGAAUUUUACCAUAUUCGUGACAAUUAAGCACUUUUUUGUCUUUAUUGUCAUUACCGUAAUGCUAAUAUAAUGGAAUUCUCAUUAACACGCCAAUGCAUCUAUCGUUUUUAUUAAAAUAAUGCAUUUUUUUUUACAUAAAUUUUAUGACAAUUAAGAUUUUUUUUUGUCUGAAAUGUCAUUACUGCAAUGCUAAUAUAAUGGAUUUCUUAUUAAUAUUAUGCCAAUACAGCUUUCGUUUUGAUAAAAAUAAUGCAUUUUUACCUUCUCAUGACAAUUAAGCACGUUUUUGUCUAAAUUGUCCUGACCAUAAUGCUAAUAUAAUGUAAUUCUCAGUACUAUCAUACCAAAACAUCCAUCAUUUUUAUAAAAAUAAUGCAUUUUGACAUUCUUUUGAUGACAAUUAAGCUCUUUUUUUUGUCUAAAUUGUCAUUACCGCAAUGCUAAUAAAACUGGAAUGCUCAUUACCAUCAUGCAAAUCCAUUGAUCAUUUUUAUUACUUUAAUGCAUACAAUAAAUAAAAAUCAUUACUUUAACAAAAAAAACUAGAAUCAUUACCACAAUAAAACAUUGGCCUUGAUUCAAAUUCUAAAAUAAAUUGUGAAAUUGUAUACAUUUUUGUGUGAUAUAGUAAAAAUGACGGUAUCUAGUAACAAUGGGAUUCAGAGACUAUUCAAUUGUAAAAUGUACAUUAUGGAAAAGAUUAUUUUGCAAUUAAUGUUUAUAAUCGCUACUAAAAUGUAGUUGUAGUUUCAUUUAAAGAACGAAUUAGACUUGGGGGAAAAUGAUAGUAUCCAAUAAGAAAUGUAAAUUAACGAAAAUGACAACAUGUAGAGGAAUAAAAUGUGUUACGGUAAUAAGAAUUUCUAAUGUGAAUGCGUGUAAUGUCAAUGCAAAAAAAGCAUUUUGAUUCUGAAAUGAGAUGUUUUUUUUUCUUUUAUUUUCUUUGCAAGAUUCACAUUUCCAGAAUUGGCCGUAAAUCAUCCAGAGCAGCUGCAGCGGUGCAUUUAGUGGCAGCUCAUGCAUGUAUUUCUCACGUGCAUCAGUCCAUGCGGCUUCAGUUAGUGUUGCUCAUUCCAUUGCAAUAAUCCUGCAUCCUUUUCAUCAGCUCGUUCAUUUGAGUGUUUCAAUGAGUCUCAAUCGUGUUUUACUCCUUAGAGGAACUUCAUGGUUGUUCACAGUCUCAACAUGUGUUUUAUUUUUCCUUGCAUUUAAAGUGAUAGUUCACUUUUAAAAUGAAAAUGUACUCACUAUUUACUCAAGUUUUUCUAAACCUGUUUGUUUUUCUUUUGUUGAAGUGCUGGAAACCUGUAACCAUUGACCGUAGUAGGAAAAGCAAAUACUGAAAGAAAAACUCAAUUGAUGAUAAUGUUUUCAAUUUCAGGUGAACUAUCCCUUUAACAGUAUUUCGUUUAUUUGUUUUUUCGGGUAAUUUUUGUGUCCUAGUCGUGCGGCAUCUAACAGUCUGAAAAUGAAGGUGUCUCUGGUCAGACGCUUCAUUCCCAGACCCAAGACAGCCAUGAUGUAACGGUUUACUGCCUGUUUGUAAUAAGAAUGACACAAUAAUGACGGGAAUGAUAAUGAUGAAAAUAAUUUUAGUGUUUGUACUCGUUGACAGCUGUUUUGAAAGCUGGAUCAGUGAUGUUUCUGUGUUUGGCUUCGGGUUUGUUCACACUCAGACUCCUCACAUGUGGAACAAACAAUACAACGACUCCCAUUGAUUUCACUCAUGCGUUCUUUCAGUGCCAAGUUUGGGUAUUGUAGUCAUUUCGUUUGUUUUCUGCAUUUUUUUUUUCUGUUUGUUGCGUACUGCCAGACCACUGAUUUAAAUAAAGAAAAUUGAUUUAUAACUUAA